AUGCUAUCAGACGGGACGUUUGGAGGGAUCAACGCGUUCCAGGCCAUGGACCAAGGGAAGAUGCUGGAGGAAGCCAUCUUCUUUGUCAAGGAACAGUCGUACUACAUGAAGAAGGCAAUCGUAAACAGAAAAUGUGGAGAUAAUACUGGAGCAGGAUGUACGUGUCCAGGUAAAAAACCAGACGGUGGCAUAGAGGUCAGUAAGGGAACUGAUAAAAAUGCUGUUGGUUUUGUUGCCUUUACCCAUUACCUUAAGAGUGGAACAUUUACUCUACUCCAGGACCUAGGUAAUACUGAGAGACUAGAAGAUAAUGAGGUUACAGAGGUAAAAAAGGUCUCCGUAUAUUACUGGGAUGGAGAUACUGAUUAUGAAAAGCCACUACUCUUGGAGGUUGUUAAAUAUGAUGAACAGAAAGUUUAUUAUAAAAGAUCUGAGGAUGGUGAGAAGGGAGAAUCUGAGACACAUAUCUGGAAACAGUAUAUCGCUAGUUCUGGUACAGCACUGCAAGCUAUGCUGGACGAUAGAAACUGUGCUAGAAAUAAUGUAGUUCCUCUUAUUCUCGAAGAUCCAGAGAAAGGUAUAGACACUAGCUCAAAUUGUGCAAAAGAAAAGGGUAUACAAUUUUUUAAACCAUAUCCACUUACCGGAAGUGACUAUAUGGCCACAGAAUAUAAAAUUACGGGUCUUGACGCAAAAAUUUCCAGAAUAGAAUAUCAAAAGACCAAAAUUAAUGGUAUAGAUAUCCCUAAUGUUCCCGUUUCUCAAAUACGACUCUUUUCGUCACCCGUAAAUGGUAAUCUGCCUUUAAUGAUUAACUUUAACCCAAAGAGUGGAGAACCUAGAUGGUAUUAUAGUAAAGACGGUAAUGGUAAUGAUUGGGGAGAAACUGGUAAUGACAACCGCUUUUAUGGUAGUAAACCCACUGAACAUCUUUCCAAAAAAUUAGAUGAAUUAGCCUGUCAAUACCAUAAUGGUGUUACAAUAGAUCUCUCAUACGGAACAUCUACAUCAGUAGAAAGCUAUUGCUGUGAAGAACAUGCAAAUAAGAAAAAGGGUAAGAAUGAUGGAAAAAUUACUAUCACAACUGAAAACAUAAAACUAGAUGGUGGUGCAGGAACUCUCCCAUACUACAAGCACUCCGUUCAAGCAGGACAGAGUGUAGCUGACAUUAAAUUCUACCACGAUGGUGAUCAAGAGCAAAGAAGACAUGUAAAGUCCAACAAAUUAACUUUUCCCAUGGACGGCCCAGCAGAUAUCUAUACAUUUUACUCUAGUAAUAGUAAGGAUCCGAAGCUCAUUUAUUUUUAUAAAAAUGGAGAUCCUAAAGCUACAGGAUGGUAUAGAAUGCAGAGUAACAAUGGUCACAACAAGCGAUGGAGGAAAACGUCCGGUACUCUCGGGACUAUUAAAAAGAAUCAUAUAGAGAGCCGCACUCUCGGAUGCCAGCAAUGGAACUCCCUUAUUGGUGAACUCAAGAAACGUGGCACCACUGAUUUACCAGGAUGUAUUGAACCUACUAAACAAGUAGAACGAGAUGGUGCUGGAGGAGGACAAGAACCAGGAUCUGAAGAAGUUGAGGAAGUAGAAGGCGACGGAGAAAAUGAAGUUAGUAAUGAUGAAAUUGAAACAUCUCUACAAGGUCCUCUUGGUCCUUUUCCUGGACCUACUGUUGUUAAAGCUGAAAAUGAAGACACAAAAGAUGACGAGAUUCCCAAGACCAAUAGCAAAACUGGAGCUAAAACCUCACUCUCUCCCGGAGUUUAUACUGCUAUUCCUUCUCCACAUGAUUCUGGUAAAGGAGCUGUAGAGGGCCUUCUAAAAACAUUAGUAAAACUUGGAUUAACUGGACUAGAUGUAGCUGGACUCUAUGCUGCAAUUAUAGCUGUUGAACUGGCUAAGGAUGUUAAGGAUACUGCUCCAAAACUUGUUCAUCUUCUAUCUCAAGAUCGAGAAACCGGAGGGUCCAAAGAAAUUGAGGCUGGACCUCAGGGACUUUCUGAUCCACCUGAUGAAAAAGGUAAAGAUAUGCUAGAAGAACAUAAAACUGCCAAGCCUGACCCCAGUUGUAGUGAUAUUGAUGCUAAUCAAACUAAUGGCGGAGUUGCUGAAACUAAAGUUGAAGGAGGCCACAAAGAUGGUGAGCAAUCCAGAGUUAAAGAGCCUCAAGAAAAUUCUGACAAUUCUACUCUAACACAAAAGUCUGAUGUUACAUCUUCUGAAUCUCAUCAACCUAGAAGUGGAUCUGGAGGACCAGACUCUGGUGAUGAUACUAGUCUAUCUGCUUCUCAAACUAAUCCCCCUAAUGUUAGUCCAUCUCCUGUAACUCCCCCUCAACCUAAUGACAAAUCUCUCAAAGCUACUAAUGCUUGUGGAGUUAGCAAUCAUGGUGCUCUAGUUGUUGAUACUGGUGGAAAUGGAUGUAUUGGUCUUCUAUCUCUUGGUGAAGGUGCUAAUAUCCUUCCUGAUGAUAAAGUUGAACCUGCCCCUCUUCCUUCAUCUCCUCCUGGACAUGGCCAAGGUGGAGGUCCUCUUUCUGGAGGCGAAGGAGGUGCUGCUCAAGAACCCCAAAAAACUGUCUCUGAACCUCUUAAAACACAACCACAAGGUGUUAUUAAUCCAUCUCCUAAUCCUACUACCUCUACUUCUCCCGGAGUUACUUCUCAAACUACUACUGAGGUUAAAACAGUUACUCUUCCUACUGAAGCUACUCCUGCUGAACUUCCUAAAGCUGAAGAAUCUGCUCAAGAAUCUCAAGCCGAAAAAUCUAUUGCUGGUGCUAUUCCUGCCGCUACUGCUACUAGUCUAUGGACAGCGUUUGGAUCUACCUCUGGCCCUAUUGCCGGAGCUGGCUCUCUUACUGGACUUGGUUGGUGGGCAUUUAAACGUUCUAAAGGAGAUCCUUGGGAAAAGGAAGAUGUUGGUAACUCACUCAAGCACGGUUCAAACAUUAUCUCGGAACUGAGGACUUCAACACUCUCACCAACGCAUUAUUAUGAGCUUUACAUGAAGGUAUUUAAUGAGCUCGAAUAUUUGGCAGAUUUUAUCGGCGAGCAUGUAAAGAGAAAGAAUGUAAUUAGCGAAUUAUACGAAUCUGUACAGCAGGCAACAUACAUACUGCCGCGCCUAUACCUCCUUGUAAUGAUUGGAGCUCAUUACAUCAAAAGUAAAAAGGUUCCAGCAAAGGAUAUAUUGACCGACAUUACCGAACUUUGCAAGGGUGUGCAACAUCCCAUGCGUGGUUUAUUCUUGCGCUACUAUCUGGUUCAAAUUUGCAAGGACAAAUUGCCAGAUUCUGAACCAGAUAAUGAAAAUGGAUUUUUGGAUUCGUUCGAUUUUCUCAUGAACAACUUUUGCCAAUCCAUAAGACUAUGGGUACGUCUAACCGCUGGAGGUUAUGAGCAAAAGAGGUUAGAAAAGGAGAGAAUAGAACUUGGUUUGCUUGUUGGUGCAAAUUUGGUGAGAAUUACCCAGUUGGAUGGAGUAGACAUUAAUUUUUACUCCAAAGUUGCACUUCCCAGAAUUUUGGAGGAAAUUGGUUUAAUCAAAGAUUCUGUUGCCAAAAAGUACCUCCUAGAUUGCCUAAUUCAGGCAUUUAGUGAUGAGUUUCAUAUUCACACAAUAGAUGCAAUUUUGACGGCUUGUGUCGCAUCUAUCCAGUCAGAUGAUGGGAUUACAAUUUUAAUCACAAUGAUGAAUCGACUCUCUGACUUUAUAGUUGCAAACCCAGAGGCAUUGCCACAGGGUGUGGAUAUGUUCCAAACCUUUUACAAGCAUUUGUCAACAAUCGUAAUAAAGGGAAGUCCAAAUGACCAAUCGCAGGAUUCGCCCAGAGUUGGUAUUAGGGGUUACUUGGAUCUACACGCAGCAUUUUUGGACUUUACCACAAAGCUAUAUCCGGGGGUUAUUGAACACGUGGAAUUUAUAGAGAAUAACAUAAUGGAGGUUCUAUCUGGAAUCCUGCCACCAGACACAGUUAUUGAGGGACAAGCGGCUCAUAGUAUACUCAAGCUUAUAACUAUCCCCCUAAAGACGCUUUCUCUCAAAACUUUAGAAUUGGAAUAUAACAGCAAACUUAUAAAAUUAUUGGACACACCUGUUAAAAAGAAAUUAGCGUAUACCAUUAUUGAUGAGCUCAUUGAAGCCAAAAUUUCAAUGGACAAUAUUUCCAGUUUUGACGUCUUUUUUGACUUUAUAGCGCCUCUAUUCACGCCAUCUGAGGAUGAGUUUAGCGAGGUUAUCUCAGAGGAAACUAGUGAACGUAUACACUUGGAACAAGAUCAAAUUUGUAAACUUAUACAGACUAUUAAAUGCUCAAACAUACAAGACCAGUUUGGAAUAUACAAGAAUCUAUUUGAAAAGAUCAGAGAAAGUGGUUCUAGGCGAAUGAAACAUAGUUUGCCGUGCCUCUUGUCCUGCUCGUUAAAGCUCCUCUUCCCUUCUCAUGGGAAGUCAUCAAAAGGUUUGGAUUGGCCACUGAAUCAGAUCCAGUUUGCCUUUGAUAUAUUCAACUUGGCUGGGCUCAUUUCAGACCUUAUUCAGCCGAUAAUUCCAGAGGAGACCAUUAAGCUCCUGGUUUUGUGCGCCAUAACAGCAAAUGAAUUUGGCUCCAUGUACUGCAGAACUUAUGGGAAUGAAUCGAAUUUCUCAGCAGAUUUGAAGCGUCUAUGUGGUAGUUUCAUCUUAAAGGCAUGCACUUGCUACGAAGAUGAACUAUCUACUGGGAGGGACCAAUUGGCAUCCCUAAAAUAUAUGACAGCGGCGAUAUCUAGCAAGAUUUACAUUAUAGAAAGAGAAGAUUAUUACAAUGUUGCGAUGAUAUUAGCAAGAUAUGGUUCAAACAUGGUUCGCUUGUUGCACCGCUGCGAAGCUCUCGUAGCAGCAGCCUACUUGUUUCAAAAUGCCCAGUAUUUCAACGAAACCCGUAUCAUUUGGUGUCUAGAAAAAUGCAUUUCUAUCAUCAAUACGUACGAUUUUGUCAAGCCCUUUACAAGGGUAAAGGCGUUUUUGAUUCCACUAGAAGCCGCCAAGUUUUUCAAGAUUGGUGAUGUCACAAACAACAUUCGCGUUCAUAUAGAUAAGCUCCUUCCGGAGCUCUCCACAGAUGAACUCGAGGUGUACAAUAAAGCUAUUGAACGAAUAGACAGAAAUUAA